AUGGAUUAUCAUCAGCUUCCUCUGCUGCUGCUGUGGACCUGCAGCCUCCUGCCAGAUCUUCAGCUCUGUUUCAACUUCGACACCAAGAACUUCAAGAUCUUCUCCGGUUCCAAAGAAAACCAGUUUGGAUACACAGUCCAGCAGCACGAGGCGGGGGGGCACCAGUGGUUGCUGGUUGGAGCUCCCUUGCAAUCCACAGGGAAGCAGCAGACUGGUGAUGUGUUCAAGUGUCCCCUGGACACCAGAAACUCUGCAAACUGCACCAGACUGAACCUUGGGAAACUUUCUCUGGACAACGUGUCUGAGAGGAAAGACAAGAUGAGACUGGGGAUGACGCUGACCUCCAACCCUAAAGACCACAGCUUUGUGACCUGUGGUCCUCUCUGGUCUCAUGAAUGUGGAAGCUCUCUGUACAGCACCGGGAUCUGUUCCAAAGUCGGCCGAAACUUCAGACUGUCCCACACCAUCGCCCCCGCCCUGCAGAGAUGUGAGACGUUCAUGGACAUCGUGAUCGUUCUGGACGGUUCUAACUCCAUCUAUCCGUGGUACGAGGUCCAGGACUUCCUCAUCACCAUCCUGCAGAAGUUCUACAUCGGCCCAGGUCAGACGCAGGUUGGUGUGGUUCAGUACGGCUCCACGGUGGUCCAUGAGUUCAGUCUGGGUGAGUACCAGACGGUGGAGGAGGUGGUGGAGGUCGCCAGGGGCAUCGACCAGAGGGGCGGCGAGGAGACGAGGACGGCGCUGGGCAUCAACGUGGCGCGGUCGGAGGCGUUCAGGCGCGGCGGUCGACCUGGCGCUCAGAAGGUCAUGAUCGUGAUCACGGACGGAGAGUCUCAUGAUAGUCCACAUCUGGUGCAGGCCGUCGCCGACAGCGAGAGAGACAACGUCACCAUGUACGCCAUCGCUGUUCUGGGUUAUUACAACCGUCGGGGAAUCAACCCUGAAGCCUUUCUGAAGGAAAUCAAGUUCAUCGCUAGCGACCCGGAUGAGAAGCACUUCUUCAAUGUGUCAGACGAGUCGGCGCUGAAGGACAUCGUGGACGCGCUGGGAGAGAGGAUCUUCUCUCUGGAAGGAACCAGCAGUCAGGGUCGAGGGUUUGGUCUGCAGAUGGCUCAGGCUGGUUUCUCCUCACAUCUAGUCAAAGACGGCGUUCUGCUCGGGGCGGUCGGUGCCUACGACUGGAACGGCGCCGUGCUGAAAGACACAAAACAUGGCAAAGUCGUUCCACCAAAGUCCUCCUAUAAGGACGAGUUUCCAGACGAGCUGAAGAACCACGCAGCCUACCUGGGUUACUCGGUGGGUUCACUCAUCUCGUCCCACGGUUCUCAGCUCUACGUGGCCGGAGCUCCGAGGUUCAACCACACCGGGAAGGUCAUCGUCUUCAGCCUGAAGAACACGGGGAACCUGACCAUCCUGCAGGCGCUGCUGGGGGAGCAGAUCGGAUCGUAUUUCGGCAGUGAGUUGUUAUCGAUGGACGUAGACGAUGAUGGACUAACGGACGUGCUGUUGGUGGCAGCUCCCAUGUUCUACAGCGACGGCUGGGAGAGAGGGAAGGUCUACAUCUACACCGUUACUCCACAGACCUCGUUCAUCCUGCAGGGGGCGCUGGAGGUUUCUGAUCGCUCUCAGAACUCCCGGCUGGGUUCGGCGAUGGCCCAGAUACCAGACAUGAACGGGGACGGGUUCAGGGAGCUGGUGAUGGGAGCGCCGCUGGAGGACGACCACCAGGGGGCGGUCUACGUCUAUUAUGGCCGGGACAAAACCAUCCAACACCAGUACAGACAGCGUCUGUCUGCAGCCGGGUUUUCUGCAGGUCUGCUGUAUUUCGGUCAAAGUCUUCACGGUGUUCUGGACGUUAAUGGAGACGGGCUGGUCGACCUCGCUGUGGGAGCACUGGGAGCUGCUGUCAUCAUCUGGUCUCGUGGUGUGGUCCGGAUUCAGGCAGAGCUGAUCUUUGAACCCGAGAAGGUCAACAUCUUUAACAAAGACUGUCGUCGGGGUGGGAAGGAGGUCACAUGCAUGUCUGUGAACGUCUGCCUGAGUCUGGAGGCCAGGACUAAGACCAGGACGAAGACCAGGACAGAUGUUGCGGUUUGGUACAGUCUGGUGCUGGAUGAGAGACGUUUUCCUCCUCGAGCGGUUCUGGACGAAUUCGACCGACAGCAGCCAAGGAGUGUGUUUCUGCAGGUCGAAGUUCAGAGCUGCCAACGCUUCAGCUUCUCCAUCCAGGAGACGGCUGAUUACAGGCGUCCCAUUGUGGUCGUCCUGGAGACGGGGUUAAAGAGUCCAGAUGAGGGACCGGUGUUGGACCCCGACUGGCCGAGUGUCCUCAGGACAGAGCUUCCUUUCUGGAACGGCUGCGAGCAGGAAGACACCUGCGUUCCCGACCUCAUCCUCCAGAGUCACACCGACCUCGUGGAUGUCCAGUCAUUCUGCAGCUCCAGGGACUGGGCUGCCUGGUCGCUCUGCAGCCUCCGGGGGGCGUCGGAGGGCUCGGAGGGUUUGGUUCACGUGGUGGAGGCCGGGCGGAGGAGGAUGGUGGUGUUUGCCCGACUGGAGAACCAGGGAGAGAACGCUUACGGAGCCACCAUCCACAUCUCCACCUCCUCCAACCUCCUCUUCUCCAGCCUCAUAGUCAAGGACCAAUCAGACAUUCAGAUUGAGUGCUUCUCUGGUGACAGACUGGCCAAUCAGAGGAGCUGUAACAUCAGUGCUCCAUUCAUGAAGUCCUUGUCUCAGGUGUCCUUCCAUCUGGAGUUUGAGUUCAGCCGCUCCGUCUUCCUGGAUCACGUCCGGGUCGUCAUGGCGACCAGCAGUGAGGGAGAGGAUGGUUACCCAGACGACAACGUCAACGACAUCUUCAUCCCUCUGAAGUACCAAACAGACCUCCUCUUCACCAGAGACCCAAACCCUCCUCGUUUUGAAAUCAGAUCUGCAGACAGCUCUUCCUCUUCCUCCUCUUCCUCCAGAGACCAACCAGACAGCAGCUCUCCAACCUUCAACCUCACUUAUUAUAUCCAGAACCUGGGGAUCUUCUCAGUGCAGGACGUCCUGUUCAGGGCUGAUAUCUGGGCUGUGACCCGUCGGGGGAACCAGCUGGUCCACAUCACGGACUACAGCACUGAGCCGGAAGCCGGCUCUGACUGCACGCUGCCUCAGCAAAGAACAACCAAUCAGGUGACAGCUGAGGACCUGUCUCACCUGUCUCAGCUGAACCUCAGUACCAGCGGUAGCGUGGCGGUCCAGUGCCGUCUGAACCUUCCGGCCUCCAGAGAGCUGAAGGUGACGCUCAGAGGACGACUUCUGCUUCCCGCUCUGCUCGCCGUGAGCUUCAGGUCCUUGGAGCUUCUGACGGCCGCCUCCAUCCAGCUGGAAGCAUCCAGUCCCAUGUUCCUCCAGGAGGACAGACCGGUCAGACAGAUCGUUCUGGAGUUGAGGAAGGACGAGGACUACGUCAUCCCCGUCUGGAUCAUACUGGGAAGCUCACUGGGAGGCCUGCUGCUGCUGGCCUUACUGGUCCUGGCCCUGUGGAAGCUCGGCUUCUUCAACAGACGGAGGAGACGGGAAGAGAAGGAGCCACCGGCAGCCAAUGGGAAGACAGCAGAGGAGCUGUAA